AUGACGUUGAUCUUGGUCGCUUCCAUCGAGAAAAGUUCAAGCUCCGUUCCACGAUUCGCUUCUUCCCAUCAGGACUCCGAUCAGCUCAACGUGGUUCAAACUUUGGAUUGUGUUCGGUCCUCUCUUCCUCCCUCUUUCCUCUCUCUUGGACCACAAUUGCAGCCAGCUCAGGUCGACUUGUUGGAUAUGCACAGCGAACUUGUGCUAGUUCACCAGUCUCCUUACCUGCACUGUCAAUCAAGCCACAGAUUUGUACCACGAAAAAACAUCCAUGUACCUCAGGAAGUGGCCACUACUGUAGUGAUGAGUGAGAUUCAUCUGAAGACCAUUCUGCCGUCGAUGAGAAUGAGAAUGAUGAUAUGCCUUGGUUGCCGAAGGUCUGGCGUUUGA